UAUUACUAUUUGGAGUGUCAAAGUGAAUUUAGUUUUUAAAUUAAUAAUAUUUUUAAUAUAGUUUUAAUCUCAUUUAAUUGAAGUGAAAGUUUUAUUAUUUUAAAUAUACUCGUGCCACCAGCAAUAUAAAGAAUUAUGUCUAAUCUUAACAAAAAAGGACCUAUCAGAAGUCUGAUGAAGAAGUGUAAAUCCUUGAGAACUAUUCUGAAAAAAAGUGCAUCUAGGGUUCCUGUACUGAUUCGAAAUUGUAGAAAAAAUAUUGCAUCUGCCGUAAAGCGUGUUUCAAACAAAAGUACUCGAGUUUCGCAAGUUAGCACUUGCGAUAACACUUUACAGAGUUCAUCUCAAGAAAACGAGACGAACACAAAAAAACAAAUCGUGCGUAUGUAUAGCUUAAAACACUUAAGAUAACUCGUGAGUAAUUAUUUUCAGGGCCUCAAGAAUUCAGUAAGCAUAUCAGGUGCAAAAAAUGAACUAACAAACAUGUCAAAUCCGACGGUGGAUAUUAUCGAACAGAAUAUCCAAGUGCCGAAGGAUUCACACAGUAACGUAACUGAAUUUAUAGAACCUGAGCUGACCGAACAAAGCGCAGAAAUUGGCGAUAAUCACGAAACAUACGUAAUCUCCGAUUUGAUAGCAAAUCUUAGUGAGAAACUUAAGAUAGACACUACGGAAAUAAUUCAACGAGAAAAAAUUCUAAUGAAUUUGAUUGAAAAUGAAGACAUUUUGGGUAAAAUCCAAAGAGACAUUCAAAAGGAAUUGAUGUCUGCUAAAUGUAAUGUCUAUGAGUCGACUUCAAUUAGCAGUGAAGAAGACAAUAUUAACAACUCUACUACGGACUGUUCAAUAUCGCCAAACAUUAUUUCUGAUUCCGACAAAAGUUCUAUUGUCGUAAAUAUCAGUAGCUUAAAUGAUCCCGCCCCGUGUGAUGAUUCACCUAGUGGCGAGAAAAUGUCAAACGAUAACGAUCGUUCUACGGAAAUCAAUGUUCACUCUGAACAUGGAGGCAAUUCAGCUGCUGGUGAUUGCCGAAAGCCACAUGAGAGUGAACAAGACGUUGAAAAAAAGCCUAACCUUAUUGUUUAUAAACUUCCAUACUGUGAACCAUCAACUAGUCGUGAGGUGGUAGAACACAACGCUAGAGUCAUGGCUUCCAUGAGGCUGGAAGCUGGAAUGGAGACGGGGGCUGCAGGUAAGCCAAAUGUUAAAAAAUAGAGCGCCGCUAAACACUAACCCGCUGCUCGCCUUUUAUAAAUCUUUAAAUUCUAAUGUCUUAAAAAGUAAUAUUACAAAACUCGAAUCGAUCAGUUUUAAAAUACAGUUAAAAUUCUACAAAGCUAAAAGGGUAAUACAGUUAAAAACCUUUAUAAGGUUAUUUUUCUUCUGAUGACACGAGUGACGAUUAUCGAGAUGAAUUCGAAUAUUUCGUAAGUUCACCAGAAUCAGAUUAUGAUCCAGAAGACUACUCUUGGGCAGAAUAUUAAAGAAAGUACGUCUGUCGUCAUUUUUACAC